AAAAGGCAUCUAAUAAGUUGCAGAUAUUUUCAUGUGACGGGAUAAUCCGGACACUUGGUAAUGUGCGUGCAAAGAAUUCGAGAGCUCUUCAGGAUGACGAAGAAGAGUCCAGCUUCUUCCAUUCAAGCUUUAUACGACCUUUGUAAGCAGACUUUUACGCCUUCUGCCACUUCACCACCCUCUUCUCAAGCCAUCCACAAGCUUUAUUCCCUUUUGGAUACAAUUGGACCUGAAGAUGUUGGAGUGAAAGAUGAAAGCCUAGAGGACGAAAGGGGUCAUGGUCUUUUUGGAUUCAAUGUCUUCAACAGGGUGGAUCGCUGGGCUCAACCGAUAACAUAUGUGGAUAUACACGAGGGUCAAAACUUUACAAUGUGUAUGUUUUGUUUCCCAACUUCUGCAGUCAUUCCAUUGCAUGAUCAUCCUGGAAUGACUGUUUUGAGUAAAGUCCUCUAUGGAUCCUUGCACGUGAAAGGUUAUGAUUGGGUUGAGCCAGCUUGCAUCAGGAAAAGUGAACGUGUUGGUCAUCCUACAGUGAGACUAGCUAGGUUGGCAGUUGAUAAGGUCGUAACUGCACCACACGGUACGUCUGUUUUGUAUCCCAAGAGUGGAGGGAAUCUGCACUGUUUUACUGCCAUUACACCUUGUGCGGUUCUGGACAUUCUUGCCCCUCCUUAUCUUGAAGCAGCUGGUAGAAGAUGUACCUACUACCAUGAUUAUCCUUAUUCCAGCUUUGCACAAGGAGAUGAAAUUGUUGGUAAUGGAAAAGAACAAGAGUAUGCAUGGCUGGCUGUGAUAGAUACACCAGAGGAUUUGUACAUGCGCCCGGGAAGGUACAUGGGUCCACCCAUCCAGAGGUAGCAGUAUACUCUUUCCUGCAAUUGAUUCAGUAUGGAGUGUGGAUGUUCAUGGAGUCCUUUAACUGUGACCCAGCCCAAGAUUGAUCUAUAAAUCAGUAAUUGGUGCUUGACCAUUGUGUAUUAUCACUGACUUUUUUCUAAAUUUUCAAAAUAGCUGCUGUAUCAUAUUGUCAGAAUCAUGAAAAUGCUACAGUAUUAUAUAUUAGUUUAGCCUUCGCUUUGUAUAUUGUAGUUUGUAUUAGUUCCAUAAGAUCAUGGUCUGCUAACCCACACGUCAACAAAGUAUUUGCCCCAAUAUGAACUUAUGAGCCCUUGUAAUUUCCGUUUCCCUGUUCCUCUGACCAAAAAGAAAAUUAUUUAUCUACACAGAACUCAAGAUCUUUCAAUCACUCUUAAUUCGUCUUUUGAAUCCAGAUCUACUGUAGUACAUUGUAUUGUUAGGCUCAACUCUCAAGUUGGUUUGAUCAGCGGUACUGUCAACAUCAUUCUACCGUAUAAUUGAAUAGGAUCCUGUCCAUUGCACUCUAGAUUCCAAGCCUUGAUUUACAUCCAACAGAGAACCGUCGUACAAAAGACUAAUAUUGAUAGAUGGUCAUUUUUCCUAACCCGCAUUUCCAGUAUCAUCACCCUAUUGAGUAGCUUUGGACUAUGGUGAAAAGUAUAGUCAGUUUUCUGAUGCAAUUCCAGUAAAACUGGUAGCAUGUGCUAUAGUCAUGGACGUGCUUAGUUCAUUCUCAGUAAUGUGAUUGUUCUGGUUGAUCGCGUUGUGGUGUUAAGUUUUAAUGGUAUUAGAGUUCUGUGUCCAACAUCUGGAGAACUGAUAUAUCAAAAUGACAAAACCGAAGUAUUCAUUAAUACAUGACUUGACUGGGUAUCCGGCCACUAAUCCCCCCAACAACUAGAUAAAUGCUGUCAUGGCAUCCAAAAGAAAAAGGAGGGCCUUAUUAUUUUGAUAAAGAGCACACUCCCCCUGCAGACAGGGAAUUCUGUGGAAAAUAAAGUUAACAGACAUCAAAGACUUGUUUAUUUU